AACAUGACAUUUGAAGAUUUUGAGAACUACUCUUAUUUCUAUGACCUGUCUGAGGAAGAUGAAUCACCCCAGUCCUCCCUCAGCAUUGCCCAUAUGAUUUCCCUUUCCUUUUACAGUGUGGCAUUUCUGCUGGGAGUGCCAGGUAAUGCCAUUGUCAUCUGGUUUAUGGGCUUUAAGUGGGAUAAAUCUGUUUCUACACUCUGGUUCCUCAAUCUGGCCAUUGCAGAUUUCAUUUUUGUUCUUUUCCUGCCCCUCUAUAUUACAUACGUGGCAAUGGGUUUCCACUGGCCUUUUGGGAAGUGGCUCUGCAAAAUGAACUCAUUCAUUGCACUACUCAAUAUGUUUGCCAGUGUUUUCUUCCUGACGUUUAUCAGCCUUGACCGCUACAUCCGCUUAGUCCACCCAGUCUUUUCCUACAAGUAUCGGACUGUGAGGAACACCCUCAUUCUUAGUGGGAUCAUUUGGAUGUCAGCUGCAAUUAUUGGUGGUCCUGCCUUGUACUUCAGAGACACAGUUACAGUUCUCAACAAUGUCACUAUUUGCUAUAACAACUUCCAUGUGCAUGACAGAGAACUUAUUUUGCUGACACACCACAUUCUCAUUUGGGUGAGGCUUGCAUUUGGUUACCUCUUUCCUCUAGUGACCAUGGUCAUUUGCUACUCAUUGUUGAUUGUCAAAGUGAAGAGGAGAACUGUCUUGACUUCCAGCAGGCUUUUCUGGACCAUCAUAGCUGUAGUUGUGGCUUUUUUUGUUUGCUGGACACCAUAUCAUAUAUUCAGCAUUGUGGAGCUUUCUGCUCACCAUGAUGAAAACUUGCAUGACUUACUGCAGGAUGGCAUUCCCCUCUCCACUGGGCUUGGUUUCAUCAACAGUUGCCUCAAUCCAAUCCUCUAUGUUCUGAUUAGCAAAAAGUUCCAGGCCCAAGUCAAGACAACAGUCUCUGAGGUGCUAAAAUUGGCGCUGUGGGAGGUGAGCCGCUCAGGAACUGUCAGCGAGCAGCUGUGGAGCUCGGACAACACCCAUGCGCACGUGAACUAUUGCGAAACUGCUCAGUGACCGCUGUUGUCACCGUCUGUCUCCAAAAUAGCUGACAAGGGAUUUGGAGGUGUUCUUGACUUCACAUCUGACAGUCAGAGGUGCAUCUUUGCAUGUACAGUUUUAUGUAAACAGCUGGCUUAAUUGCACUUGCGGCUUUCCUUGAAAGGUUAUUAAAGGACACAUCAGUGGGGUGUGGUGUACGUGCAGUGCAUCCGCAGCCUGAACUGAAAGUUGUCAGUAUAGGUGGUAUUGCUCUAACUGGGUUUUUGAUCAGGAAUGUUGUUGUAAUCCUGUUGUUUUGUUGUAGUUCCAUACCUCAUUAAUAACAAAAGAGCACAUAAUAAAAAUAUUCCU